GACCGAUCGGGAUUUUGCAUUACGAAAUUUUCUUUUUCUCUUUCAAAAACGAAAGGUUACAAUGUAAUUCCCCUUUCCUUUGACGCAAUAUCACUUUAAGAGAACAAAACAAUAUCUCAUUUUGGUCUUUCUCGCCCAAGGCAUCCAGACUGCACCAGCUGUACUUAUUGUUACAAAAGAGAGCUCAUAAACCAGCAAAAUGAUCUUGCAAAACCCACACCCUACUGUGGUUAUUCCAGAUACCUCUAUCAGCACUUACAUGAUGAAGAACUUAGCAGUCCAUGGAAACCGUGUUGCAUUGAUUGAUGGAGAGACUGGGCAAACUUACACAUUCGCUGAGAUUAGACAAGAUGUAAUUAAAUGCAGCAGUGAGCUUGUACGCCUGGGUGUUCAACCUGGAGAUAUGGUUUGCAUGUGUUGUGCCAACUGUUUGGAGUAUGCAGUGGUUGUUAUUGCUGCUGCAGCAUGUGCUGCUGUGGUGACAACUUGCAAUCCUAACUACACUACAGAUGAAUUGAUCAAACAGUUAUCGCAUUCCCAACCACUAAUGGUGUUUUGCAAUGCCGAUAAUUACUCACAGUUGAAAAAGGUGGCUAAACAUGUAUCUUCAAUAAAGCACAUCUUUACAUCUUCUACGUCGAUCAAAACAAGAUCCAUCCAGGAUUUAAUAAGAGAUGGAACCAGCCAGGAAUACCCAAUAGAGAGAAAAGUGGAACCAAAAGAAGACACAUUUCUUUUACCUUAUUCAAGUGGAACAACUGGUUUACCAAAAGGAGUCAUGCUUACUCAUACAAACUUUAUAUCCAUUAUUGAACUAAGCAGGGUUGGAUUCCCCCAAACUGGAAAUGAUGUUUUGCAUCUUGUUUUACCUCAGUUCCAUAUCUAUGGGAUGAUGAUGACAAUGUGUACUCUUGCACAAGGCUCCAGGAUGGUCAUUUGUAAAAGAUUUACUGUGGAAUCGUUUUUCAAAAUGGUGGAAAAAUAUAAGAUAAACCUCUGUGUUUCUGUUCCACCAAUGGUGCUUGCCAUGUACAAUAGCACCUUGCAUUCCAAAUAUGACUUGUCUUCACUUAAGAAAGUAAUAUCUGGCGCUGCACCUUUACCACUCACUGUAGCUGAAGAUGUGCAAAAGAAAAUGAAUCUCGAAAUUGCCCAGGGUUGGGGUUUAUCUGAAGCAGUUCCUCUUUCCACUUGCUAUGUUAGUGGCAUUCCAUUAAAUUCGGUUGGACUUUUACCGCCCAACACAUUUUUAAAGUGUGUUGACCCUGAUAGUGGAAGAGAACUCGGCCCAAAUGAAGAAGGGGAAAUCUGUUGUAAAGGACCACAGGUAAUGAAGGGAUAUUACAAGAAUCCAACAGCUACCAAACAAUGCAUUGACUAUGAUGGUUGGUUUCACACAGGAGAUAUUGGUUACUUUGAUGAACUUGGCUUCAUUUAUAUUGUUGACAGGCUGAAGGAACUAAUCAAAUAUAAAGGAUUCCAGGUUGCACCUGCUGAGUUAGAAGCUAUGUUACUGGACCAUCCAGACAUUACAGAUGUUGCUGUCAUUGGAGUGCCUGAUGUAGAAGCAGGGGAAGUCCCUAAAGCGUUCCUCGUAAAAUCAAGACCUUCUCUAACAGCUUCUGAAAUCCAUAAAUUUCUGGAAGGUCGCGUAUCCAAGUUUAAGUACUUGAGAGGGGGUGUGGAGUUUGUUGACAUCAUACCUAAGAGUGCAAGUGGUAAGAUACUACGCAGGGAACUCAGAGCAAAAGAAAAACUUAAAAAAUCAAAACUUUAAUUUAAAGAACCAGUGAAUAAAUGAAUUUUCUUCAUGGCUGAAUUUUAAGGUCAGAAUUUCUGGAUCUAUAGAUUAAUUGAAAUGACAAAACCAUGUUGUUUAAUGUAGCUAAAUAACUUUAAUUUGUUUAUUUUCACAUGACGGGCCAACGAUAGUUGUUACAACACAGGUGUUCUGUUUCAUACACCUUUUUCCCGAAUAUGAGUUACUAUAUGUAUGUAACUUUAAAAAUGAUUGUAUUUUCCUUGUGGCUGGCAAUAUUAUGUAGCUUUAUACAAUAUAUGCAAAUAUGCAAUUGUGUAAUUAAAACUUUACCCGACCUCUUCA